AUUGUGCUGCUUUUUUCCCAAUGCCAAAGGAGCACCUGCUCGCUCGACAGGAGCAGCAUCACCAUCAGCAGCAAAGCGACCUGUCGCAUGCGCAUGGCUUCACUGGGUUUCCACUGCUGGAUGAGAUGAUGACGCUCGGCUACAAUGGCGACGGGAGCGGUUCUCCAGCCAUCGGCGGCGGCGUCGGAGGUACUGCCCCGCAUGGAAAUGGAAGCGGAGCUGUUGCUGCGAACGGGCAGAGUGUCGGAGGUCGGAUGGCCACUCUGGCCGAGACGCGCGCUGCGUCGCUGUCGUCGUUUGCAUCACCAGACACUGCGGUGGCGGCGGUGGUGGUGGGCUCGCAGCAGAGCAGCGGCCAUGCGGAUGAGGAUGUCGGCGGCGUCGGCGGUUUGAACCUGCCCGAAGACAUGCUGGACGAGUGGAUGUCGAGCAUGCUGGACGACCACGCUGCUGCUGCUGCCGCCUCUCCGAAUGCAAUGGGCGCAAGUCAACAACAACAACAACCGCUGCUGGAGCACACGGCCAGGCGCAGCAGUCGCAGGCUCCAGACCACCGGCGGAAGCGAGGUGAGUCUGUUCGCUGGCCCGAGUCACGGCCGCCAGCAGCAGCAGCAGCUGCUUCACGACGCCGACCAUGACGGGUUUGACUUUGGCGAUGCUGCGAUGGAUGCUCAGCAACAACAGGGCAGGCUGUCCAUGACUGGCGGGCGCUCGGACAACAGCCGUCUGCUGAUCGAGAGCGCGACGCUCGGAACCGCAACCAGUAUGAACCUGCAAUCUGCCAGUGUUCACGAGACGACCCAGCUGCCAUUCAGCCAUCCGAACGAGUUCCUGACACCAGGUCCAUCGCCGUUUCUCAUGCAUGCCCAUCCCGAGGCCGGCGGGCGGUCGUUCACUCCGUUGCCUUCGCCGCGAGUGACUGCGAGUGAUGUUGCUGCUCAACAACAACUACAACAACUACAGCAGCAACAGCAGCAACAGCAGCAACAACAACAACAGGAGCAACAGCAACAACAGAUCGCGGCCGCUGCAGUCAAUCCAGGACUGUUCCCGGCGAAUUCGUUCGGAUUGACCAAUGCGAGCGGGCAUCAAGUGAUGGCUGCCGCUGUCGCAGCCGCCGCAGCCGCCAUCGCCGCGCACACGUCCAGCUUGACGCCUUCCAUGAACGCCCUGCAGAUGCAAAUGGCGCGGGAAAUGACGCCGUUACUCUCUCCUGCAUUGCUUCCCUCGGGAGAGAGUCACUUGAUGCCAAACAUGUCACUCGGCUCGAGUGCUGUGCCGAUGGGAGCACCUCGCGCAAGCGUGGACACUUCCAAGCGAUCAACAACGCCACGCCGCAACACGUCUGGCUCUGCGACGGCAAGCGCUUCGGCCAGUGUUAGUACCAGCCCUGCUGUAUUGAGUGGAGUCCCGUUAACGCCCAUGUCUCUGAUCGGCAUGCAAGUGGACGACCUGCCACACGACGCCACCGGAAUGAAGCUGCCCCCGCCCAUGCCAACGGCAGGCUUGCCCAUGUCACACGACUUUCUGCCGCCUCUUCCGUCCCCACGCAUGACUGCGGCGCCCAACCUUAAUUUCCUUGGCUUCGGUUCAACCCAACCGUCUCCCGUUCUCGCGCCCGCACGUCCCACCGAUCCGGCUGCUGCACGCAUGCUUCCCUCGCCGAUGUUGCUUCCUGCCAACACUUCCAGCUCUGGUGUGCCCAAAAUGGUCCUUCCACGAGGCGCCGUCCCUUUGGCCGCCCUUCCUUCAAAGAGCAACUAUCAAACCAUGAUUGAAGGCAAAGGACAUGAAUUGGGUAUGGACGAAGAGGCGGUCGCCAGUGUCACAGCGCGCAAAAAUACACACAAGGUUGGCGAAAAGAAGCGAAGGGACGAUCUCAAGGAUGGGUUUGACGAUCUGAAGAGCGUUCUUGGCAUGACUCCUGAAACCAGCAAAGCUGCAGUCAUCCGUCGAGCUGUCGAGCACGCUCAGUACCACGAGAAACAAAUCCGCGAAAUGCGAAGCGAGAUUGCCAAACUUCGUGCCCAGCUAGCAGCACAAGGGACGAACUCGGGUCUUAACGCAGGGUCGCCACACGACAGCACCCAUUUUCGAGGAGACACAACAGCCCCACCUCAAUAACACAGCUGCGGAUGAAGCUAUCAAUAUAUAAUCAGAUCAACAACAAAAAUACACGAAAACGUUGGGGGUCAUUCGGCCAGAAUAAACCCAUUUUCAUCCUCA